CCCCUCCUUCCUGCUUCCUCGAUCCGCAUUCGCACUGGACUUGUUCACGACGCUCCUUCCUGCCGAUUCUAAUACUAAUUUCGAGCUCCCGCUCACACAACGCUCGCUGCCAUCUGCCAUCUGCCAUCUGCCUCCUCCGCUCCUUCUACCACCAGCCCCAUCGCUCACUCAUUUUCGUCCAUUUCCACCCUUUCCCACACACAACUGAGUUGUCCAUCGCAUCGAGAACGCCGGGCGUCCACCACCAAACACUCCUUGGAUUUCCUACUCUUCGACAACAGCGACAACUUCUAAUAAAACACACGCACACGCACGCAUCUGCUCUCCCAUUUGCAAUUCACGAAUACCGCAAAGCUCCCACGCCGCUAAUUCGCACACUCGCACACUACUCCCACGUAUCACCCGACGAGCCAGUGAGACACUUCCCGCUAGACGCCGACGUGCAUACGCCCAUCCAAAUCAUCCGAACGAACACCUGAUGGACGAUCGGAACAUACAACUUGUAGUACAUCAACUGCUAAUUCCUAAUUAACGAGAGCAACGAUCUACUCACACGGCCCGCGAAACUACCUACACACGACUUCACCAAGAGGAGAGCCAGCAAGACGUGACAUAGGAUAAAGGUUGCUUCGACAUCUGGAAAUUAGACGCACGCACGAACCGCUAGAGGCCCAGAGGGAACAGCAACAACGAACAUCCCAGAGUCACAAAAUCUGCAGCAUCGCAGAACCACAAAAAAGAGGAACCGUUGGGAGACGAAAAAAAAAAAAAAGAAAAGAAAUACCGAUAACGGUUAUCAGCAAACGAACACCUGCAGGCGCGCACACACCACUGAUUGACCCGUGAGCCACAGAACGCGACUGGUUGCUCAUUGGACGGGGUGGAUUCCCAUAGGAACAGGCCCUCGACUUUGGUGGACUGGGGUCAGUCAGAGACAAACAGCGCAAAGAGCUCACCCCGGCCCAGGGAAACUGACGAAAAAAAAAAAAGAGGGCGAGGACGAAAACAAAAGGAAGGGGAAGAAAAACAAAGGAGCCCGGCCAGACUCGCAGGCGCAGCGACCGAAGCGAAUUGAAAGCGGACCCCGAACCUGGAUUUCCUGACUGAGAGAGAGAGCAGAGGCACCACCCGACCCCUAACAGCCCCCCGACGCGAACAUGGCCACGGCCACAGCAGCAGCACCGCCAGCACCAGCACUCGCACCCGCACCCGCAAUAGCAGCACCAGUACCAACAGAUGGUGGUUUCGAAGCUGCGGGCCAUGCCCCGACUCUGAAUCCCACACAGCUCUCUUCUGCUACGGUAUCCGCAUCCGCGUCCGCGUCCGCGUCUCCUUCAUCCUCAUUCUCUUCGCAAGGUGCUGUUGCAUUCCAUACUCCCUCACUUUCUGCGACAUCUUCAGCAAAUUCACCUUCUUCACCUUAUCACGCACACCGGCUGAGCCACAACUCGUCCAAGCUUCCCGCUUUUCGAUUCGCCGACUUACACAAGCAAUACCAAUCUCCACGCCUAGUGCUCCCCUCACUACUGCAGCACAUCCCGCCGUCGCCUGUCUCGCCUAAAUCGACUCCAACAUCCAACGAGAUUCACUCGGCACCUGCGAUUGGCACUGCCACCGACACAAUCACUUUCACCGACACAGACGCCCUCACUGACACUGACAUUGGCAUUGGCAUAACCACCGACACUGACACCGCCUCUCCCACCACCCUGCCAACAACGUCAGACUUGCAGCUGCACCACCAGCAGCCACAACAACACAUCGUCGACCCGGAAAACAACAUCCCACCCCAAAACAACCACUCGACUUCACUUCGACUACACGAUCGGCGCCCCUCCCAUCGCCAAUUGUCCCAGCUCUCACCCCGGAUUUCGAGUCCUAUUCACGAACUGCCCGAGUCGCCUCCAAAACUCAGCCCUCGUUCCCGCGCAUCAACGUAUCAGGUUGCUACCCAGUCCACCCCUGCAGCUUCAGCCACCUCACCAAGACGGCCCGCGUCUUAUCCCGACCGCCCCGUCAUCGUGCAGUCCAUCUCAUCCCACAGCAACGUCGCAGAUCUCAAGACAACUGCCCCUCUCUCCCGACUGCAAACUCGACGUGCGGCUGCAUACCGAUCCCGCGAGUCGAAUGCGACCGAUACCGAGUCACCAUCCGCAGAUACCGAUCACUUGCAAACCCCCGACACUCCCGACGACGUCGCUCAACCCCAAGGCGACAAAACAACAAAGGACUGGGCCAAGGGACAGCGUGAGCUGAUACUGCCAAAGACUUUGGAGAACGCAAGUCCGACAGAUGAAAAACGAAAGUCGAUAGCCUCGCGACCCCCCGUAUCCUUCAAAGCCACCACCGCUAGCACCCCGACCACCUCGGUGCGCGUGGCUCCCAUCCGUUCCUUUCGCUCAUCCGGGUCUCGUCGAAGUCUGGGACUCGACAGUAGCACCUCCACCAUGCGGUCUUUUGACUUUGGCGACGACUACGCCGACUCCAAUCAGCGCGACCGCACUCUGCGCGCCCUUGAAGGACGACGCGACGACAACGACUAUUCGCAAAUGACACCGCCGUUGUCAGCCGACGCCGACGACACGACCGGUGACGUCUUUAUGAAAAUCGCCAGACAGGAACCAACGCGCCGUGGCUCUAAAGAGGUUGCGCCAGCGGAGCAGCCAAGUGCCAUAGCCCGUGUCGCAAGAUCUUCGCAUCGCCGACCCCUCUCCGCUGCUGUUCCAUUGUCUUAUCAUCAUCCCGUCUCCCCACCCCAAAUCAGUCGCCGUCUGUCCGAUCAACAAGAAACUUCCAAGAAGAGGAUACGCCAAUCGUCAGAGGACGACAGCGCUGCUGACCCAAUGGCUCGCGCGUUGGCGUACCGAUCGCCUUUGACCCGAGACCGGCCUUCAUCCGCGCAUCCCGGCGAAGACCUUGGUCGCGCAAAGACAUUCCAUCAAUCUUCGUCUCGCUCAACCGUCAACACACCCCGGUCCUUUACCUUUCAGGAUCCGAUGGGGGAGAACUCUCCAUAUGCACGGAGAAGGCCUUCUUUGACAGACAGCAACACCGGGUACUCUGCGCGCAGCUCGGCGUACAAACAAUCCAACUUGUCGUAUGGCCAAACGCGUACGUAUAACUCUUCGCCAUUGGUUCCUAAAUCGAUAGAGGCACCACGCACCGAAACGCACCAAGACGCGGCAACGACAGUCGAGGGAACCGAAUCGACGGCGACAGCAUCGACAAACGCACCGUCGACAGUUUGGGAUGAAUUGGAUGAUCUCAAGUCCCGCAUCCAUCGCCUGGAAUUGACCGGCAAGUUACCCAAGACAUCGGGCGCCGCAAUGUCAAGAGCCUCAGACGAGCGCCCGCCGACCGCAACCAACACGACCAUGUCCACCUCGCCGAAAAGAGCUUCCGAAAGCCAGCACCCCCACACCGACGCAAUUAGCACGACGUCUUCACAACGCGAGGUCCAGCAACCCAUCCUUCUUUCUGCUGUCAACAAGUCCAAGCCAUUCCUUAGUGAAGAGGUGGCGAAGGCACUCGAGGUGGCAGCAACAGACGCCCUGGCACUGGCCAACAUGAUGGGGACGGCAGGUCAACCCGGGCCCAUCUCCAGCGGUGCCAGCACAAUUGGCGUCGGCACCAGCCUGACGGAUCGUCAAUUGCGACGCAAGGCUGACAGCAUCUGCCGAAGCCUUACGGAGUUAGUCCUGGCAUUGAGCGAAGAAGCGGCUGGCAACAAGACUCUCCAAGUCAACGUCCCUACACCAAAGGAAACGACGACACCAGUCACACCAACUAUCAACAAGACCUUCACCGGCGGAUCAUCUGGCCAGCGACGUCCUAGCAUAACGUCUGCCGAGCAGCAGACUCUCCCGAAGGCCAAUGUUAACACGGUCAAGAGCCCGAGGGCCCUCUCAAAAUACGAAGAGAGGCGCAACACCAUGCUUAACCCGGUUUCGCUCCCCAGUCCCAGGUUUGCCCUUCCACCUGGCACCAUUCCUAGUACUCCCGGCGACAGCAGCAAAAUGGCGAACCGAAAGUCAUCCUUGUUCAUUGGCCGGUCGCGCCGCGCUGUUACCGAAGAGCCUGAGGAUGGCCGCAGGUCUUCCAUGCUGAGGACCCGACGAGCAGGCACAGAGGAGCCAGAGGAUUCACGCGAAGCAGCAGGCCGCGAGAACGGACGUCAAACGUCACUUCUUCGCUCACGCAGAGGAACUGUAGGCGGCGAAGACGAAGAUGAAUCUAGAUUCCGCGCCCCGUCCCGCGCUGCUACAGAGCUCACCACACCGGCCCGCGCAGUCUCCCAUACCUACCUCUCAAACACCAACUCCAACGAACUAUCAUCACCAGCUUCUUCUGCCCUGCCUCGCAGACGGUUCGGAGCUUCCUCUAUCACUUCUCGGCUGGUUGCGCCUUCCACACCAUCGCUGGCGACGCGCCGAUAUCUGGAAAGAACUCCAGAACGCGAACAACCUUCCUCGGCUGAGAAAGCCACCGAAGAACGGCCGCAACAGGUUGUUGCGCAGCCGCGACACUUUUCUCUCAGUCACACUUCGUUGCUGAACCGGGCUAGCAGCAUUAGCCGCAGACCGAAUCGCGACAGCACGAUAACGAAUUCAUCAACGGCUGCUCAGUCGGGCAGUUACCGAUAACGUCUUUACGAAUCACAGUCACACGGAUGAAUGUAUCAUAGAUGUCUUAUUCUCACGCUGGCGUCAUUCUUGUUUUGCAUAUGGUAAAACCGCAUGGGCUCGGCAGCGGUCACUCUGUACUUGUAUGACAAUCCACGAGGGAAGGCCGAUUGAUUUCUUGGGACUCGCCUUUCCCGUUAAAAAAAUAGGCUGGAGUAGAGCAUUUGUAUAUCGAGCAGUCCAUAGGAAAAAAAAAGGUUAAAGACAGA